CGCUUUACAGAGAGGCACGGAGCCCAGGCCAGCGUUGGCUGCAUUACACAGGGGCGUAGAGCCAAGAGUAGGCACUCUUAGCCGAGCUGUGGAGGGGCGCGGAGCCCGGGGCCGGCAAUGCUGGUCGCGUGUCACUAGGGCUGUAGAUGGACGCGGAGCCCGGUAUAGCCAGUGCGGGCGCGGAGCCCGGGGCAGUGUUGGUAGGGCUGUAGAGGGCGCGGAGCCCGAGGCAGUGUAGGUAGGGCUGUAGAGGGGUGCGGAGACCGGGGCAUUGUGCUAGCCUGUGUGUGUGUGUCAGGGGCACUUGGACUGCUGCUGCCGCCGCUCGCCUCUCACGUGAGACAUGUGUCUGUCAGACUCGGGCUCGCAGCCAGCUGCCACCAUUGGAGGGAGAAGGAUGCUGGGGUACUCCCCUUAUCUCCUGGGGGCGGGCGGAGAGUCACACAGCCUGAUUUCCCCGGCGAUGAGCAUCAUGUGCUGUUGGAAGAAGUGAUCAGAAAGUAGACGGCGGAAUAGUGACUUUCCCCCGACAUGAGCCUGGCAACAGUUCCCCGUCCCCGCCGGCUCACUGUGCCCCGUCUGCUCCUGUGAGCGGCACAUGCUGAGGACACACAUCCAGGCGCCAUGGCAAAGAUCAGGGUGGCUUAUGAAUACUCAGAAGCCGAAGACAAGAGCAUCCGGCUGGGUUUGUUCCUGAUCAUCUCCGGGGUGGUCUCUCUCUUUAUCCUGGGCUUUUGCUGGCUGAACCCAGCUCUGCAGGAUCUCCAGGGCAAGACGGCCAACUGCACGGUGCUGUCUGUGCAGCAGAUCGGGGAGACGUUCGAGUGCACGUUCACCUGCGGGAGUGACUGUAAGGGCACCUCUCUGUACCCCUGCCUGCAGAUCUACGUCAACAACUCCGAGUCCAACUCUAGGGCUCUGCUGCACGAGGACGAGCAGCAGCUCAUCAGCAACCCCAAGUGUUCAUAUAUUCCCCCAUGUGAGAGAGAGAACCAGAAGAAUUCUGAAAUUGUUCUGCGCUGGGAGAAAUAUUGGAAUAACGAAAUUGGCUUCCAGCCAUUUACCUGCUAUUUUAACCAGCAUAGAAGGCCGGAGGAUGUGCUGCUAAAACGAACCCAUGAUGAGAACGUUCUUCUGCACUGUUUCUUGUGGCCGCUAGUUACCUUCAUGGUGGGUGUACUAAUCGUGGUGCUCACCAUUUGUGCAAGAAGUCUGGCUGUUAAAGCAGAAGCUAUACAGAAAAGAAAAUUUUCGUAGACUAAUAAUAAAUAAACUACAUCUGGAAGCUUCAAUUGAAACCAAAAUCCAAAAUUCAUAUAGCUCCAUUGUUGCCUCUUCAACACUAUUUCUCUGAGCGUGAUAUUUGAGGAUGAAAGCAGAGUACAGAAUAUUCUCUCAGACUUCUACCAGACUGCUGCUUCCUGCGGGAAGAAUGCCCAGAUUGGCUCAAGACGGAGGCAGAGAAAUAAGGCGUAAUGUAAUGACUUCUAUUAGCCAAGUGUAAAGUGAAAACGUCCAAAAGUUUCAUUUCACCUUUGCGAUGAUAUAUUUUUUAUUUGGUACGUAAAAUAUCAAAAUAUUUCAGUUUAUUUUGUAUCAUGUACUUCUAAAUUAUUAAAGUGUGCUUUUUUAUGUCCUAGCACUGAAAUUUUUAUAGGCUUGAUUAUUUUUACGUUGAGCUUCGUUUUCUUUACAGGUCAAAGACUACUAAGAAAUGUAUGUGUCUUUUAAACUUCUUGUGUUUUCAGGUAGCAUUGAUCAAACACCCUGUAACUUACUGUCAUUCUUGAAAAUCAUGCUAUUCAUUCUGUGGUUAGCCAGUUAUACACUUACAUCAAUUAUAUUGAUAUAUUAUUAAAGGAAUUCUAGUUUUUGAA